AUGGACAAAAAAGUUUCAACCAAAAUUAAGGAUCCAGUACACGGAUCUCGCGUAACAAUUCUGAGUGUAGAUGGAGGAGGAGUUAGAGGAAUCAUCCCUGCAGUUAUCUUAUCUUACCUUGAAGCUAAACUUCAGGAAAUAGAUGGUCCGAAUGCAAGGCUUGCAGAUUACUUUGACGUAAUUGCAGGGACGAGCACUGGUGGUCUUGUUUCGGCCAUGUUAGCAGCCCCGGACGAUCAGCACUACCCUCCUAGGCCUUUAUUUGACGCCAAAAGUAUUGUAGACUUUUAUAUGGACAAGUGCCCAAGCAUUUUCCCUCCACGAGGACUUUUUCCACUACAAAAUCCAUUUCAACCAAAGUAUGAUGGAAAAACACUUCACGAGCUAAUAAAGCAUUAUUUGAAGGGGACGAAGUUGCAUGAAACCUUGACAAACCUCGUUAUUCCUACUUUCGAUAUCAAGAAACUCCAGCCCACCAUCUUUUCCUCUUAUCAGGUGAAGGAUAAUCAAAGCUUGGAUGCUAAACUUUCAGAUAUUUGUAUUGCAACCUCUGCGGCCCCAACUUACCUUCCUUCCUAUAAAUUUAAAAACACUGGAAAAGAAUUCAAUCUCGUUGAUGGUGGUGUGGCUGCUAAUAAUCCGACUUUUGUUGCCAUCACUGAAGUAGUGAAAGAAAUUAGCAAGCGAAAUCCGGCAUUGUCAAACUUUGAGGCCACGGACUACAGUCCUUUUCUGGUGCUUUCACUUGGCACGGGUUCAUGCAGCAGCGAUGGAUACUAUGAUGCUGGGGAGGCUUCCAAAUGGGGAAGUUGGCAAUGGAUAAUUCACGGCGGACAAGGUUGUCCUCUUAUAGAUUGCUUCUCUCAAGCAAGUGUGGAUAUGGUUGACUAUCACAUCUCUGUGCUUUUUGAUUCCCAUGAUUCUGGAUAUAACUAUCUCCGGAUUGAUUACGACAAACUGACGAAGGAAGAAGGUCAAAUGGAUUUGGCUACUCAAGAAAACUUGAAAAAUCUGAAGGAUGUGGGCGACAAGUUGCUGACUCUACCUGUUUCACGCAAGAAUUUGGAUACUGGUAAACUCGAACCAUUUGGAGAUCAGACCAACAAGCAAGCCCUGGACAGCUUUGCAAAAGCCCUUUCCCGUGAAAAGAAGGCCAGAAACGAUAGCUUUCUGAAGAAAUAA